AAAACCAAGCCGUAACUUUUUAAACAGCAAAUAUUCCUCUUCCUAAACUUGCAACCACCUAAGCUGCCAGUUUCCCCAAUUGGCCGAUAGAUGGCAACACGCGCAGCGAGUAUUGAUUUUCCCAUUGUUGUAGGUGGUAAGUAGCGCUUGCCGGGAAAUCGAUAUUUAUUCUGGACGUCGGAACUGGAAAAACCAUUUCGCUGAGAGUUUUUCGGGGAAAUAUCUCGUGUUUAUCGUUAAUAUUGCAAAGAAAGUUAUAAAAUACGAACUUACGCUUCGUUGUUUUGCGAUUAACAAGUGAAUUGACAAACAAUUACUAUUUUGACCUUCAUAAUUGCGCAUCGUGUGAAAUGAUUAUAAACGGGUGAUCAAAAUUUACGUGACGCUGUUGAUUGUUUCGCUUGAUAGUUUAUUUGCUGCUUUAUUAUGCGUUCGCUUGCCGCGGUUCAUGGGGUGGAUCCCUUGCCCGAAUUAGGCAUUCCAUCGGCCAUUCAACAUCAGGGUGACGGCAACCCGGACGGUGAUAUGGCCGGCGCGCAGGACACUAUCUACCUGUGCAAUUUCCGCGUAUCCGUCGAUGGAGAGUGGCUCUGUCUAAAAGAAUUACACGAUAUGGAAAUGCAGGACUCAUUCCAUCGCCCAUCUGCCCAAGGCACCAUUACAUCGCCUGACGAUCCGAUGAAUACUUUGAUGGCACGGGAUCCUGUUGUGAUCGAACGCAGCAAUCUUGUGAACAUCUCGAAACUAAUCGUGAAGGAGCUGAUCGAACAAUCUCUCCGCUAUGGUAGGAUGCUUGACAGUGAUCACUUGCCCUUGCACCACUUCUUCAUCGUGCUCGAGCAUGUUAUGCGCCAUGGACUCAAACCCAAGAAGGGAUUACUUGGGCCGAAGAAGGAGCUAUGGGACAUCUUGCAAAUGGUUGAGAAAUACUCGCCGGAAGCCGCUGAUAUUACGGCUAGCGUGAGGGACCUCCCCACUGUUAAGACCGCAAUGGGUCGUGCUAGAGCUUGGUUGAGGUUGGCGUUGAUGCAAAAACGGCUGGCUGACUAUCUUCGUAUUCUCUUGGAACACCGUGAAGAUACGUUGGAAGAAUACUUUGAGCCCCAUGCUCUGAUGCUCAAUGAAGAAGCUGUCAUCAUUACUGGCCUCCUAGUAGGCCUUAACGUUGUCGAUUGCAAUUUGUGUGUGAAGGAAGAAGAUCUAGACAGUCAACAAGGCGUAAUAGACUUCUCGCUUUAUUUACGCGGCAGUAAUUCGUCCAAUGACCUAGCCGGCAAUGGUAACGGUGAUUCAGAACCGAAACAACGCCAUAUCAACACAAUGCUAGACCAGAAGAAUUAUAUCGAGGAGCUCAACAGACAUCUCAAUGCAACAGUAGCAAACCUCCAAGCCAAGGUUGAGAGCUUGACUACAACGAAUGCAUUAAUGAAGGAAGACUUGGCAAUAUCCAAAAACACGAUGAUUCAAUUAGUUGAAGAAAACAAUCAACUAAAACAUGCUCUUGGGCAAGACAUAACCAAAGAUACCAGGAUGAAAGUGACGGAAUUGCAGUCUGAUGAAGAGGAGAAACGUAGCGUCAAGAGCGUAGCCUCUGAUAAGUCCAAAAAUGAUAGCGAGGCGAGCAAAAAUCUUGAAGAAGAAAGAAAGAAGUAUUUGGAACUUCAAAGGGAACUGGAUUUACAGAUUUCACUUAAAGCAGAAAUGGAGGUGGCAAUGAAAUUGCUAGAGAAAGAUAUACACGAUAAACAAGACACAAUUAUAUCGUUGAGAAGACAACUCGACGACAUAAAACUAAUCAACCUAGAGAUGUACAAAAAAUUACAGGAAUGUGAAAGUUCCUUGAAACAUAAAACUGAGCUAAUAGCCAAAUUGGAAGCAAAGACUGAAUCAAUGGGCAGCACCAUACAUCAACUCGAUGAGAAGUUGCAAGAAGAUAAGUUAGCUAGGAAGAAUUUAGAAGACAGUGCUCGCUCACUGGGACAGAAGGCAGCCGCUGCGGAAACCAGAGCCGUGGCUGCAGAGGGCGACCUCAGAAUAGAACGGGAAUGGAGGGUGUCUUUACAAGAAUCAAUGAUGCGGGACCGCGAUAAGAUAUCAAUGUUGACACAAGAAGUGGAGUCUCUCAAAUCAAUUGGACAGAAAUACCUCUCACUGCAAGAAGAACAGCAUGUAUUAAAAACUCAAUACGUGGAAGCGCAGAAAACUCUAGAAGAAGUGGGGGCGACACUGAGCGAGAACAAACUGCAAUUAGCCGAGUUGUUAGAGAAGGAGGCACAAGCACAAAAUGUGGAGGAGCCCCCGACAUGGACACAUGAUAAGGACGCCACAGCUUGUACUGCGUGUGCCAAAGAAUUCUCUAUUGCUAGGCGGAAACACCACUGCCGUCGGUGUGGCCAUAUAUUCUGCGCAUCGUGCAGCGACAAAACAGUCGCGUUAGCUGGCAACACUAAACCCGUGAGAGUAUGCGACGCGUGUUACGCAGAAGUGAGACUAACGUAGCUAAUACAAUUGUAGAAUAGAUUAAUAUAUUAUUAGAAUUGAUCAAAUUGACCAACAUACGUUCAUACAAUUUUAAAGGAUCUGCCAAUGUUAGGGAAUGUGUAACGUGAAAUUUAUUGAACAGAAACUAAUGUUAAGUAUGCAGUUGGAUAUUUUUAGUUCGGCUCCACUAAUAUGUUAAAGCUCUAAAUAACAGUAAACAGACUAUGUUUAAAGAUUUUUUGUGUAUAACCCCACUCACAUGCAUAUUCUUGUACAGAAAAUCCUAGUGUCUACGUUUUUAUAAAACAAAAAAAAACAAACAAUUUAAAUAAUGAAUUACAUGUAAAAUAUAUUAGAAAGAAAUGGUGAGAAAACAAGAGUUUUAAAUCAACGAACUGUAACUGCCGUAAAAAUAAAUGAAAUUGGUCAAUUUGAACGUGUCCUUAAUAGAGAUCGUAUAUUGUUUAUAAUUAUUGUACGUAACGUACGAUAAAUGGGGAAGUCGACCGAGGUUUCUAUAAUUGUUUGUUGACCACAGCAAGUUUUUAAGACUGAUGUUAAACUUCAGUAGAUGAAUCGUUGUUGGUAUGCUAAGUGGGUAGAGAUACAACAUUAAAUAAACAUUUUUAUCACUUUUUCCCAUCCCACCCAUCCUAAUCCUAAGACAUCCCAAUACGAAGAAGUAGAACACAUCUAGAAAAACGUAUGCAUACCUCAUAGGAUAGACAUACAAGAAAAAAGCUAAAUUCGGAGCUCACUUAACUACUGUGCUUAUUAUCCAGGGGCCUUAGUCUGCUAUUAUAAUUGUGUCAGAAUGGUCGAUCACUGAGCAGUGCGAGAGGGACGGCGCUAUACAACCUACAUAGCUCCGUCCCUCUCGCACUGCUCAGUGAUCGACCAUUCUGACACAAUUGUAAUAGCAGACUAAGGCCCCAGGUGCAUAAAUGUGAUAGAAAUUAAAGAAGUAAGGAUGGUACAGGUUAACCCUUCCCGGGUGUAUAUCCCGUUGGAUCGCUCAACAUGAUCACACUUUAGGAUACCUAAUUUCUCAGUUUUUAUCACCAUGCCACCUUACUACUAUCAUAUUCGUAAUUUAGUGUUGUAUCCUUUCACUCACUUAGUAUCACCAACUAUUUGAAUUUUAAAAGUGUUCAUUACUAGAAACAUGUUUAACGUUAAUACAUGCUCCAAAACUUCCUUCGCGGUUUUCCUCAAAAACUGCAAUGCAAACAAAUAAUUCGUCAACAUUUGAAUUAACUUCGUGUUCAAAUAUGCCAGCUCAAACAAUUGACUUGAAAUAAAUAAUAAUAAUUACGUAAAUGUAUAAAAGUGAUGUAUUUCGUUACAAAAUCAGCUCGAUUAAUUAAUUAAGCUUUCAGUGUGUUGUAGGCCUGCUAAUAUUAAAGAUAAUUUGCAUAAAAUUAGAAUUGGUUCGCUAAAAACAAUGUUAAUUGUAUUGCCAUAAAGCUUUGAUCUCACGCGGGUUAAAUGGCAUAAUUGGAUGAAAUCUAACAUGUCUAGGUUAUAUAGAACAAAUUAUGCGAAUAAUGUAUGUUAUAGUAUAUUAUAUGGAUAUUAAAGAGUAUUGAUAUUAUUAUGACUAAAAAGUAUAUAAAUUAAUUAUUGUUUAAUAUCUUUGUUGUAUCUGGCUUUAGCGUUGUUGUUUCACAAGCGAUUUCAUGCCGUGAUUUGUCCGAAAACAGAUAAAUCUGGGGGCACGGUAGUGCCCCCGCCAAGUCGAGCAAAAAAAAAUCGUCUUAACAUCUCCCCUUGCCUUUGGUACACAAAUACCUAUAUGAGAUUCGUAAUGUAAAACAAACGUGUAUAAAUAUGUCUGAAAACUAGAAACUAAAGCAAGACUUUUAUUUGUUUAUAGUACAAAAUAUUGUUAUUCUUGACUAUUUAUUUCAUAUACGUACAAUUUCUUUUAACACUUGUAUUAUAUUAUUUUGUUUAGGUAUAUAAAAUUAAUAUAUGUCAAUGACGACAUAAUAUAAAAAUAGUUGUUACAAUAAAAUCCACAAAUGAAAUAAAAAUAAUAAAUAACAUAAAACCGAAUGAUACAACCAAGUACAAGUAAUUGGCCUACAAAGAAUUAAUGAUGUACUAUUUUUUUUUUAAUUUGUAAAUAUUGAUUUAGUGUAGCCGUAUGUUUUAACUGCCUGCAAUAACGAAUAAUGAUAAAGUUUUUACUUUUACUUAUUAUUUUUAAACGGACAACGUCAAUUCUAAUUAAAAAAAAAGAAAUGAAUUGAAAUCUUAAAAUAAAAAUAAGAAACCAGUUUUUAAAAUGGUAUAACAGUAAUGACAUAUGUACAAGGUCUCAUAAUUUCACUGCAAACAUGAAAUUAAAAAUAACAGGAAUAAUGCAUAAUGAAAUUAAAAUCGGCCGCCAUAUUUGUUUAAAUGUACAGACAAAGCAAGUGAUGUCCCCAGUAGCUUAAAAUUAUGUAAUAAACGAAUUUUGUAAUGCAACUUUAGAGAUCGUUUUGCCAAAAUUUAUUGUUGUUAGAUAUUAUUAUUAUGUGUGGUGCUUAAGUUAUUAUUGUGUAUAUUAUUAAAUAAAUAAAUGUUAAUGAAAGACACAUUGAAUGUUGUACAUAAUCCACUGUUUGUAUAAUAGUUAUGGAUACAUAAUCUGGACAUAAAGAUAACCGAAUUUAAUAAGAAA